AUGGUUAUAGUUAGACUUAUGGAGAAGGCUAUUAUGCUUCUUCACUGCCAUCCAGAUGGAUAUGCUAAAGCAAAGGGUGCAGGAACAUCAGAUACAAAGGUAGAGACUAUAAGUAAAGAAUCGGAUAGGAGUGAAAAAGGCGAUGGCGCUUGCCGUAGAAAGAGAUUAGACCGGUUUGGUACUCCAACUACCAAUGAAAAAAAGUUUUCAAUACAAAUCCGUGAGUUGAGUCUAGUCAUGCUGCUUCAAAAGAAUCCUCUGGGUCUUUUCUUCCUAUCUGGUUCUCUGGAACCAACCCCUAUGUUCAUAAGCACACUGAGCCUUUCAAUAAUAUCCAUCCAAUAA